UAACUAGAUUUUUUGUGAUAUAUACUCCAUUAGGUUAAAAUACCAGACCCGGCCAUUACGCACGCAUAGUCGCCCUACCAAAAGCUCCUAGCCUUCAUCGAUAGUCUUAACAGAAAUCGAUCCGAUCAAGCAAGAACCAUCAAUGGAGGAGACAACGGAACGAGGCGGCACCAUCAGUAAUAACGCCGGUGAAUCUCAGAAGAGGAACCGCAUUCAGGUCUCCAGCACCAAGAAGCCCUUAUUCUUCUAUGUCAAUCUCGCCAAGAGGUAUAUGCAGCAGUACAAUGAGGUGGAGCUUUCUGCUCUUGGAAUGGCUAUUGCAACGGUUGUCUCAGUCGCUGAAAUCCUGAAGAACAACGGAUUAGCUGUUGAAAAGAAGAUUAUGACAUCAACUGUUGAUGUUAAAGACGAUUCAAGAGGAAGACCAGUUUCAAAAGCCAAAAUUGAGAUAGUGCUUGUGAAGAGUGAAAAUUUUGAUGAAAUAAUGGCAGCAGCUGCUGAAAAGGACCGUGGCGGCAAUGGUGAAGUGCAAAGUUAAUUUAACUCUCUCGUCUCUCACUAGUUCUCUUUGCUUUAAGUAUAAAUAUUAUCAUUCAUUGGUAGCAUGUUGAGGUUUUGGAGUUUUGAUGUUUUUUGUCCCAACAUAUGAGAGAACAUCUAGAUCCUAAGUUGGCUGGGUUGUUAAGUGAAAGUGAUGGUUACUCUUUGAAGAAACAUCUUCUUUUCCCAAAGGUGUUGUUCUGUUUAACAAAAUUCAUGUUGUUUCUUCUCUGGUUCCAUGUUCUGGAAGUCUUGUCUUCUCAAUCCCAAUUUGUUUCUUAGAAUCAGAAUCUUCUGGAAGUCUUGUCUUCUCAAUCCCAAUUUGUUUCUUAGAAUCAGAAACAGUGUUGUGUAGAGGAUUGCUUAAUU